ACCUGAUGAGGCACAGGUCAGUGCACUUCACUCCGCCGGAUCGAGGCGCUCCGCUGCUCUGCUGUUGCGCUGCGCUCCUCCGGUCAAAACCCUCCACGCGUGCCGUCAUCAUGUCCCUCCUGCUCAUCACCACCGUGCUGUCGUCUCUCGUGGCGCGACACGCGGACGCGUGGGGCGCCAGCGUGAAGUACGCGGUGAACUGCCCGGACCGAUGUAACGCGGAGCUGUGUGGCGGCACGCAGCGGUGCGCGCGGACCGUGCUGGAUGACUGCGGCUGUUGCCAGGUGUGCGCAGCGCGGAGAGGGGAGCACUGUUACCGCACCGUGUCCGGCAUGCACGGUGUAAAGUGCGGACCGGGCUUAUUCUGCGAGUUCUACAAGGACGAAGAUGAUUACGGGGACGAAUACGGGAUUUGCAAAGACUGCCUGUACGGUACCUACGGGAUCGAGUGCCGCAAGACAUGCAACUGCAAAGGAGGCGUAUGCGACAGGGAGACAGGCACGUGUCUCACCUUCAAAUUUUUUGCCAAAAUUGCCAGCAAGCUGAAAACUGACCCGCAAGCAGGGGGAGAGCUGGGCUCAGGAGAAGUCACUACCCAGAACACACAUCAGCAUACGGACAGAUCCUCUGCUCCCAAGCGGCUCCAGCCUCGCUGACAAGCGCUCACCAGACAAAAAUAUUCUGAUUAAAUGUAGCAUUAACUUAUAAAUGAACUGGAAGAUAUAUUUUAUUAUGUUUUAAGAUUAAAGCCAAACUUUUUACAGCAUCUGGAAGGUUUAUUUGAUCUUUUUGUCCAUGUUUGGAGUAUCUUUUUGUACUGAAAUAUGCAGAUAUUACGUUAUUAUCUUCAAAUUGCUUUUGAAGGUUUUACUUGUUCUCUCGCUUGAAUCACUUUAAAAUAUCCUGUUGUGUUUAUUCAUUACUCGUCUUCGCUGCAGAGUUUUCUCAUUUUGUCUGUCUUUAACCUUCUAACAAGACCAUUUAUUUGUGAAGAGGAUUCGAUGUUUUUUUGCAUCUGCUGUUAAAUUCUAUUACAUUUUUCUAAGCUGAUAUGGAAAUUAUCAUGUAUAUGACACCAGCCAAUGUAUAGAACAUUGUUACAAUUAAUUAAACCAAAGCUGUAAU